CGCAGCGCUCCGCGGCUGGCAGCGCUGGGAGGGCGGGGAGGGAGGGAGCGAGUCACCAGGGACGCGGACAGACACACAGCCCCAGCCAGCCAGACAGCCGCGGCCACGCCGGGCCGGCCCCGCCGCUCGCCGCUCGCCGCUCGCCGCUGCAGCCAGCGCCGCUAACAAAGGCACCCCCGCGCCCGCCCGUUCCCUUCCCCUUCCCUUCCCGUUCCCGGCUCCCCCGCGGCAUGUAGCCCGGCCGGGAGCUGCCACCGAGGCGCCGCCGGCCCCCCCUCCCCGUGUCCCCCGUGUCCCCUUCCCCCCGUCCCUCUCCAUGCCCCCGCAGUGAGGCCGUGCGGGCGAGCUGCGUGCCCGGGGCGGGCUGCGGGCACCAUGGGCAAAUCCAACAGCAAGUUGAAGCCUGAAGUUGUGGAGGAGCUGACCAGGAAAACCUACUUCACCGAGAAGGAGGUGCAGCAGUGGUACAAGGGCUUCAUCAAGGACUGCCCCAGCGGGCAGCUGGAUGCUGCUGGCUUCCAGAAGAUCUACAAACAGUUCUUCCCCUUCGGGGACCCAACCAAAUUUGCCACCUUUGUUUUCAAUGUCUUUGAUGAGAACAAAGAUGGGAGGAUUGAGUUCUCCGAGUUCAUCCAGGCGCUGUCAGUCACCUCCCGGGGGACGCUGGACGAGAAGCUGAGGUGGGCCUUUAAGCUGUACGACUUGGACAACGAUGGGUACAUCACCAGGAACGAGAUGCUGGACAUUGUGGAUGCCAUUUAUCAGAUGGUGGGCAACACAGUGGAGCUUCCCGAGGAGGAGAACACACCGGAGAAGAGGGUGGAUCGGAUCUUUGCCAUGAUGGACAAGAACGCGGACGGGAAGCUGACGCUGCAGGAGUUCCAGGAGGGCUCCAAGGCUGACCCCUCCAUCGUGCAGGCUCUGUCCCUCUACGAUGGGCUCGUAUAGUCCCAGGGCCGAGUGGUGCUGCCUGGGGGAAGAUGCCCUCUGUGCCAUCCGACCACCGCCGCGCGAAGCUUGCCUGCCCCCCUCGGCCUCCCUCCCUGCUCCGCGGGCAGGCGAUGCCCUCGCGGCGCGAGCUCGCCCCCUCUCUGCGCUCUGAACCAGCUGCUGCCAUCUGCCAACCUCUGCUUCCUCCAACCGAGAGCCGCCCCGUGCCAGCCCCCGGGCUGAGCGGCAGCCAGCGCCCGAGACUGCAGUGCCAGGGGAACAGGUCGAGCAUCGCCGGGGCGGAGCCCCCCCGACUCCAGCCUCCUCGCUCCCUUUGCUCCCUUUGCCCUCCGUGUCGGGAUGGGACUGGGAUGCUCCUCUCCUGGGAUGUGCCAGCUGGAGACGGAGCCCAAAGGUAGCAGGGAGCUGCCCGGGGCAGGGGGGAGCUGCCUCUGCAGGGUGAGCAGGGCACUGAGGCGGCGGCGGCCACUGGGAUCGUGGCCCUGGCAUCGCCCACGGUGCCAGAGCAGCCCGGGCCGGCUGAGGAGGGAUGGAUCCGACCCGCGGCGAUUUCCUCUCUCUCCGGUGGGACAGCCUCGUGUGCCCGCCCGGGGCUGCGCUUCCUGCCCCGGCUGGAAGGAAGGGAGGCUUUUUUUUACCUGCCCGUCUGGAGGCUCCAUGCCCUUAUUUAUUUGUUGUAAAUGUUGCUGCUGUGUUUAGUCUCUCGUGUCUGUGUCCAAGCAUCGAGGCCAUGAUGAUGAUGAUGAUGAUGAUGAUGUGAGGUUCACCUCCUCCUACUCUAUUGCGGGGCACUGGGAGCCUGCAAUAACAAUGAAGCCAAAACCAUUUCUGCCUUCCCCCUCUCCUCCCACCCCCACCCCGAGCUGCGUGGGCUGGCUGCUGUUUCAAGGGGAUGCUGCAGCUUCUUUUCCUCUUCCCCUUCUCCUGUUCGCUGCAUUUUUCUGUUCACCCUGCCCUGUGCAAGCUCAGCCGAGGCUGGCUCAGCAGACCCAGCUCUGCCCCUCGGCCGGGCCGGCUGAGGGCACCGCCGGGCACCGCCGGGCACUGCAGCGCCCUGAGCUCUGUUCCUUCCUUUCGUUUUCUCACUGCAUGAAAAAGUAUCAACGGAGCCAAGAGUUGAGUUUUGCUUUCCAGUGGGUUCCUUUCCUCUUUUCUCCAUGGCAGGUGGUGGCAAGGUCUGGCUGCACCCCAAGGAGGUGGCUGGGAAUGUGCCAGUGGGACUGGGGGAGCAGAGGGGGUGCCCGUGGUGUUGACUCUCUCUGUGCCCCCUGCUCAGCUGGGGCCAUAUGGCAGUGCAGAGCUUGGGCUGCUCCCUUGUGCCCUUGCUCCUGGUUCAGGACGUGGAGGGUUUUGGUGCAAGCCAAGCCUCAGGGGGCUGGGGGAGUGCAUCUGGAGCCACCCGAGCCUGGGGCUCGGGGUGCCAGUGUGGCCUCUCCACCACCCACCAACACACUGGGAUGUGCCCAAGCAGGGCUCAGCCCCAGAGACACGGCAUGGGGCACAGCUGGCAUCGCUGCUGGAGGACUGGCACUGUGUGGAUGCUGCUGUGGCUGUUUCCACCCUGGGGCAGGAGAGGUUUGUACAGUGCAGGAUGCUCAUGGGUGCCCUGCUGCCAGCUGGGGUGCCCACCCCUCCUGGCCUGCUGUGGUUUGCUCCUGGCCCAGUGACACCUACACUGCUCUCCUACCACCCUGGGACUCUCCCCUCCAUCCCCUCUGCAGCUGUCAUGGCACCACCUUCCCACCCCACCCUGCAGCUCCCAUGGCUGAGCCCAGCCAGUCUCCACAGCCCUUGGCCACAGGGACUAUCCCCGUGGUGGCACAAGGUUGGAUGUGAAGGAUGUUCUCACAGGUGCCCCAUGAUGCAGGAGACAAGACAGUGCCCCAGAGGGGUCUGAAUGGUCCCCACGGGGCAGGGACAGGCUCCAGCCAGGCAAUGCUUGUCCUUUGCCAUGCAGCCCCACUGCUCAGUUUCAGAGCUGUGUGCUGGUGCCCUUUCUGAUGCCCAUAACCCCCCACCCUUCCCCAUGCCCGAGGGGACCAGCCUCAUGUGCAAUAUUUCUGCCUCUUCCGUGGCUCCUGCCCCUGCAGGUGCCCACGGUUCAUUGCUGGGCAGCUCCUGGAGGGUGCCACCUUGCUCCCUCCUGUGGAACCUCCUUUUCCUUGAUGCUUUGUGCCCAAAACUCAGCUCUCUUGGGUAGAUCUCUGCAGUGCCUCCAACUUCUCUUAAUGCUCAUCUGCCAGACGGGUCCCUGCCCAGUGCCAGUUGCUGUUCCUGGUGAGGGUGAUGCUGCUGUGGUCACCUCUGCUGAGAAGUGAUGGACUCCAGGAGCUCUGACUCAAUUCCCAGGCAAAGACAAACUCAUUUGCCCUGAGACUUCCCCCCAGAGGCUUUUCAUUCUUGGAGCACCUGCCACGCUUUCAGCUGCCUCAGUGCUUGUUGAUGUCUCAUCAGGGUGGGCAACAGGUGUGUGGCCCCCAUCAGGGCUGGGCUGAGGGACCAGCAUCAGCUUGGGGGGGCUUCAGACCCCAGAACCCCCAAAAUUCAGUGUCUGGUGCUGCCAUCAUUGCCAGCAACCUCCUGCUGCUUCUGGGGGGCUCAGAGAUGGAGCCCAAGGCCUCACCCUCCCUCCCCCCCGUUAAAUAUUUGCACACUACAGAAGGAGCAGAACAGGAGGAGAGGUUUGGGCUGAGAGCAGGAGCCCCGUGGUGGUUUGGGGGUGAUGGUGUUUUCCUGGGCAGAGGCUCCUCCUGAGGGCUUGGAGUUUGCUCUCUUCUGGCUCCUGGCUCCAGCCUUGUGGUGGGUCCCAGCUGGGGUCUGUCUUGCCCUGCCCUUGGUGUGCUGAGCUUCCCUGAGCAACUUCUUUUGGCCCCCAUCUCCCCCCUGGAUGUGGAUCUGGGACGCUGGCUUGGAUACUUCUGCCUUCCCUCUGGGGAGCACUGAGGGCCCCCAGCUCCUUCUGAACUCCACCAGGAGCUGCAGCUUCUUGGUCCUGCUGAAGACAAGGCUUGAAGCACCUCGUGCUGGGAACGUUGGCCUUAACCUCCUCGUGCCUCAGUGCCCCCACCAGUGAGGUGCCCGGGAGAGCCGUGCCCGCUCUGCGGGGCGACCCCACGCCUGCGCCCAGAGGGGCUCCAGUGCUGGACAUGGCUCAUGGCUGUGCCCACCAGGGGCUGGCAGGCCCCACCAACCAUCGGGCACGUGGGGAGCUCCAGGAGCAGGCUGUGAGCAUCUGGGACUGAUUAAUUCUGGGCCUCUUGUGGCUGAUUAAAAGCAAACAGCCCCCAGGCCCCGGCCCUGUGCUGCUGCCUCCUGGGCUUCUGGUGCUGGUCUGAAGCGAAGCCAUCAGCAGCUCUGGCCCUGGGACAGGGACCCUAAGUGCAGCCAGACCUGGCCCCAGCGACCGCAGCGUGUGUGUGUCCCUCUCGUGUGUCCCUGUCGGUGUUGCCCAUUAAAAUGCCAUGUCUGGACCUCA